UUUGCGUCCACAUUAAAAAGCGAUGCCCCGCCGCAGGAGUGUGACAGCGCCGUGCGCGGCGAGGCACGCUGGGAGCGCGCAUCACAGGAGCUCCGACUGGCCGCGCGGCUCAACAACGGUCCAAGCGCUGGUGCACAGCCCGUGGGCCCCGGGGGCGCUCAGGCUGCCGGGCACGAGCGCGUACGCGGAGCCGGAGGCAGAGGAGGAGGAAGAGGAGGAGGAGGCGGGCGCCACAGACCGCGCACACAGGCGCCGCCGCCUGGCCGCCAACGCCCGGGAGAGGAGGAGGAUGCUGGGGCUGAACGUGGCCUUCGACCGGCUGCGGAGCGUCAUCCCCACGCUGGAGAGCGACAAGAAGCUGUCCAAGUCGGAGACGCUGCAGAUGGCGCAGAUCUACAUCGCCACGCUGAGCGAGCUGCUGCAGGGCUGCGCCCAGGUGGGGGGCCCGGCCGGAGACCCCCGGUCCCAGGAGCCGGGGGGGAAAGAGGCCCCGAGCGGCAGGACGGAGGGGGGAGCGGACAGCGACGGGCUGAAAACGCAUCUGAAAGACUUCAUAAACCUGUGGCAGAGACCAAGUGGCACCAAGUGAUGA